AUGGGCGUCCUUCAAGACGUUGCGGGCCAUCCACUCGCUCAGCAUCUCCAAGCCUUAGAUUUGGCAUCGCAAAUUGCAUUGGCCUUGACCGCCUUCGUUGUUCUCUCUAUUGCUCUCAAUGUAGCCAACCAGUUUCUCUUUGCGAAUCCUAACGAGCCUCCCGUGGUCUUUCACUGGUUCCCCUUUAUCGGCAGCACCAUUACAUAUGGCAUUGAUCCUCUCAAGUUCUUGCAUGAAAAUCGCGCCAAGUUCGGAGAUGUCUUCACCUUUGUCCUCCUCGGCAAGAAGACGACUGUCGCCCUUGGUCUUGCAGGAAACGAAUUCAUUCUGAAUGGAAAACUCAAAGACGUCAACGCCGAGGAAAUAUACACUGUUUUGACGACCCCAGUCUUUGGCCGAGACGUCGUCUACGAUUGCCCCAACGCCAAGUUGAUGGAGCAGAAAAAGUUUAUGAAGAUUGCUUUGACAACCGAGGCUUUCCGGUCGUACGUUCCCAUCAUCUCUGCCGAAGUACAAUCCUACUUCAAGAGGGACCCGGAUUUCAAAGGCAGAUCCGGCGUUGUCGACAUCACCAAGAAGAUGGCCGAAAUCACAAUCUUCACCGCCUCCCAUGCCCUCCAGGGCAGUGCCAUCCGCAGCAAGUUCGACGAGUCUCUGGCCGCUCUCUACCAUGAUUUGGACAUGGGCUUCACCCCCAUCAACUUCACGCUGCACUGGGCGCCUCUUCCUUGGAACCGCAAGCGCGACCACGCCCAGCGGACUGUUGCCAAGAUUUACAUGGAUACCAUCCGGGAACGUCGAGCGCAAGGCGAUUCGGACAAGGAACUCGACAUCAUGAAGCAUCUGAUGAACUCGACUUACAAGAACGGAACUCGCGUGCCUGACCAUGAGGUAGCCCACAUGAUGAUUGCCUUGCUCAUGGCUGGCCAGCACUCCUCGUCUUCCACUAGCUCGUGGAUCAUGCUUCGACUUGCGCAGAACCCUCACAUCGUCGAGGAGCUGUACCAAGAGCAAGUCACGUCUCUGGGUGCCGACCUCCCUGCGCUCACAUACGAAGACCUAGCCAAGCUGCCGCUGAGUCAGGCCAUUGUCAAGGAAACUCUCCGAAUGCACGCUCCCAUCCACUCCAUCAUGCGAGCUGUCAAGCAGCCCAUGCCGGUUCCUGGCACCAAGUAUGUCAUUCCUCCAACUCACACGCUUCUCGCUUCUCCCACCAUCAGCGCCUACGAUGCCGCCUUUUUCCCGAACCCCGAAGUCUGGGAUCCCCACCGAUGGGAAGCAGACUCUCCCAAUGCGCCCACCAUGGCUCGCAACGCCACCGCCGAGGAGGAGGAAAAGGUCGACUACGGAUACGGCCUGGUCAGCAAGGGUGCUGCAUCGCCGUAUCUUCCCUUUGGUGCGGGUCGUCAUCGAUGCAUUGGCGAGCAGUUUGCCUACGUGCAGCUGCAGACCAUCGUUGCCGAGGUUGUCCGUCUGUUGAAGCUGCGCAAUGUUGAUGGUGGCAAUAGCAUCAUCGGCACCAACUACGCCUCUCUCUUUUCACGACCCCUCGAGCCUGCCAACAUUUUCUGGGAACGACGAGAUUAG